AUGAAAAAAGCCUGGAGAGCCAAACAGCACAAGCGGGAAAGAGAUAUGGAGAAGACGAUGGAAGAAUUACUGGAAAAGUCCAACAGAUCUGCAAGAAAGGCUUCGAGCCUAAGAUAUGAUGACCUUUGCAUGCAUCCAGAUCUGGACUUGCCUAAGGGGUUCAAAAUCUCAAAAUUUGAAAUGUUCAAUGGAGCAGGUAAUCCCAAGGCACACCUCCGAUCCUACUGUGAUCAACUGGUUGGAGUGAAGAAAAAUGAACCACUAAUCAUGCGACUAUUCAGUCUUAGUCUGACUGGAGAAGCCGCUGAAUGGUUCGCAACUCAAGAUAUGCGGCAAUGGCAUGUCUGGGAAGACAUGGCGGAAUCCUUCAUGGAAAGGUUUCGCUUCAACGUCGAAACAGUGCCAGACCGCUAUUACUUGGAAAAGGUCAAACAGAAAUCAACAGAAAACUACAGGGAAUUUGCCAGCAGGUGGAGGGCCGAGGCGGCCCGUGUGCAACCUUCGAUGUGUGAAGGAGAGCUAGUCUCUGUGUUCAUCGGGUCCCAAGAACCUGAUUUCUAUGACAGAAUGCUAUCUAUAGCUGGAAGACCGUUUCUUUGA